AUGGGUAAAGCGCGUUGGUCGAUGACAAAUGAGGCGCGUUCAGCGAACGAUGUCCGUAGUUCAUUCUUAGCAAGAAAAAUUUGGGCAGAGAAGGAGCUUGUGAAAGCUAUGUAUAACGAAGAAGCUCUCACGAUGACUGAGUCUGCGAAAAAUAUCAAAAAAAGGAAUAACCUUGAGAUUUGCAAUGAGCUGUGUAACUUAAAACACGAAGAAUUGUUGAGAGAACGCCAUCGAAUACGAAUGAAGGCGGAUAAGGAUGUACGUGACUUUAUGUCCGAACUUGGAAUUGCAAAAUUGAAACUGGCCGCUGAUGAGCAACGGCUUUUAAAGGAAAAACGACUGGAAAAGGAAGGAGAACUUCGCCAGAGCGAGAUAGAUCAGAGACUUCAUAAAAUGCAGGAGAACGCUGAGUUGCUUAAAAAGGAAGAGUAUGAACAGGAAUUAAGCAAAGCGACUUUUCGCAAAGAGCUUGCAAAGCAAAUCAGACAAAAUGAAAUUAAAAAAUUGCGUAAAAACGAAGAGAUAUUAAGGGAUCGCGAGGAAAGGAUAAAGAUUUUAGAAAAAUUUAAAAAUGAUCAAAUGGAAGAACAACAGCGAAAGCGAAAUGAACGCAAAGAAUGCGGACAGCAAAUCCGAAAAAUGAUUGAAGACAACGCUCUCGUAAAAGCUCGCGAACGAGUUAAAGAAAUCCAAUGUGGCAAGCAAUACCUAAGGUACCUGAAAGAUAGGGAACUUGGAAGAGAAGAAACGCAAUCUACAAGGAGGAAAAAAUUGACGCAUUUAAGAGCAAUUGGUGAACGAAUUGGUCUGGAUGUAUACAAAAUUGAAAUGGAAAAGCUUCAGCGAUUGGAAUUUUUAUAUAAUUUGCACGCUGACGAGAUGAAAGUUAAAGAGGAACGAAAAAUGCAAGAAGCCCGCAAGAAUGAAAUGCUGAAAACGUUGACUUUCCGUGAAGAGAUUCAGCGCGUAAUGCUAGAGAGUGCCGCAGAUAAGGAAGAAGAGAGGAGAAAUCAAGAAGACGAACUUUGCAGAUAUAAGACCGCGCUCGCAGAGUAUUUGGAAGAGCAAAACGAGCAAAAUAGAAAAAAUACACUUAAACGGUUAGAAUAUAGGAAUGAUUUGCGCAAAAUGAUCGAAUUGAGACAGAUGAAGGAAGCGGAAAGUGCGUAUCAAGAUAAGCUCGAACAUGAUCGUCACGUGAACUUGGAGAAUCAACGAUUAGAAGAUGUCGCCAGAGAACGCCUAUCGCUACUGAGAGUUGAACCAAAAGCUAUAUUAAAAUAUCUAUCAAGUAAGGUUCUGACUAACGAAGAAAGAAAAUUGUUCAAAUGA